GCGCAUGUCAAGCGCCGAGCCAGUGCAUCCGCAUCCCGCGAACGCCCGUGUCCCUUUUUGAAUGGGCCGGCUGUCUGAAGCCAUGGGCGCGAGGUGAUGCCAGAAGUGCUCACCGCGCCGAGAGGAGAGCUCUACGUGGCCAGGGCCAUCGCGAACCAGGACGACCCGGAAGGCCAACAGCGGCUGCCACUUGAGUUCGUGCAAUGUAGCGACGAUGGGGCCUGCACAGCCCGCGGCGCUGGCAUGGCACGCUCCGGCAGGCAAAUGGACGUGAAGCAGAACCUACAUUGGGUAGUCAAGACCUUGCCCAAUGGCUCCAUGGAGAUCAGGCCUGUUAAGGGCUGGUACGACCUCGGAACUCCUACUGGCCCAGGAGCCAUGAAAGCAGCAGUCAAGCCAAAGAGGCUGGCGUCUGACGCCGCUGCGGAAAUGCAGAGGCAGACGCACUUGCGCAAGGAGCACUCUGACCGAUGGGACGCCAUGCUCAAGCGACGUGGGACCCGCGAGGAGCGCAAGGAGAGCACCGAGGAGCCGGAGGCCAAGAUUCGAGCCAAAAAGGUGAUGUUCCCAGCCCAAGAAGGAGACGAGACGGGUUGCAAGAAGCAAGAGGAAAAGCGCCGCAAGGUGCUCCGCAAGCAGCAGAAGGCCCAUCAGCAGGGCGCGGAGGAACAGGCUGUGCCGGAGGUGGCAAGCAGCCUACUGGAGCUGAAGCAGGGGGAGGGUGGAUGGGACUUCACAGACGAGGAGCAGUUCUCGGAUGAUGAUGACCAGGAACGCUGGGACUUUGAUGACCAGCUGGUGGCAGCAGCGCCCAAGGAGGGGCUGCCAUCUGGUGAUGAAGAGGAUGAAGAUACCAAGCCAGAAGCCACUCUGUCAAGCUUUGGGGAGGAGAUUGAGGUGCUACUGAGAGGCGGCGCCGAGUUCGAAUCUCCAAACGAACCCACUGACAGAGAGGUGGAGGCGAAUGACGGCGGCUCUCCUGAGGAGCCUUCGAGGAUGCAGACAGAGAGGCUGCAGCCAGCGGAGCUGCGAGAACUGGCCAUCAAGUGUCUGAAGGAGAGGGGCCAGCUGACAUCAAAAGAAUUGAUGGAUCUGCUGCGCUUGCAGGGGAGCCAAAAGGAGAUCUUCACUGUGCUGAAGGAGGUUCUCAUCGCCGAGAGGAAGGGCGACUCGCUUGUGGUGAAGCUGAAGCCCAACAUUUAGCGCCGAGAGG